CCGGGUACUCAUAUUGUCAUAACGACAACAUAAUGGACCACGUAGGAUCUUUGGUGUGAUGAUUAUGAUGUAUCAUGCAUUAUAAACAAUUGGUCCAAACUCUGCCAACACUAACAGUGAGGGACUCAUUUAUUGCCUUUGUGGCUGUUUGAAUAGAAACAAUGACAGACUCGGAGAUAAAGAUUCCAAUCACAGAAACAAGCAACCCUCUCACAGUUGACAUCGAUAUCAGCUCUUCAUACGAUUUAGUCGGCCUUCUGCAUCAGUGUGACAGUGAAAUCUUUGAGGGCUGGGACUCCUACAAAAGUAACAACAUCUUCAGUGAUGACCUCAUCUUCAAUUUGCAGAGGGUUUCGGAGAAGGUUGUUGAUAUCUUGCAGAAGAGGAACCCAGCCUGUGAGAGUGUUGUCUUUAGUGGUUGCGGAACAUCAGGCAGAAUUGGUUUCCUGACUUCAAAAUCAAUCAACAACCUGCUCAGAAACAUUGACUACAAGCCAUGUUGUGAGUAUAUCAUCGCUGGGGAUGACAAGGCAUUGUUGACUUCACAGGAAUCGCCCGAGGAUAGCCCACAGGCAGGGGUGAAAGCACUGCAACAGAUAUGCAAAAAGAAGAAAAAGGUUCUAUACAUUGGCAUAUCAUGCGGUCUGUCAGCACCCUUUGUGGCGGGUCAGCUCCUGUACUGCAUGGAGCAUCUUGACAUCUUCACCCCAGUCCUCGUUGGCUUCAACCCAGUGGAGCAGGCCAGGAAUAACCCCAUAGAAGGAUGGAACGAAACAUUCCUCUCAGUUGUUACAAAGUUAUCUGAUGUUCAGAGUGCGGGAAAUGGUUUCAUCAUUAACCCUAUCCUGGGGCCAGAGGCAAUAACAGGCUCGUCGCGCAUGAAGGGCGGGACGGCCACCAAGCUCCUACUGGAGAUCAUCAUGCUGAAUGCCCUGCGUCAGCUCUCCUCCAGCAUGGAGCUGGGCUUCGUACCAGAUGAGGAUGCCAGCCAUUACCUGACAGCAGAUGGGGCCAUACGUUGCAACCACCUCAUGCAUAUGUAUGAGACGGUGUGCAAAGAGACGUACCCGCAGGCGCUGUCAGGGGGACUGCAUGAGGUGAUCGACUGGGCUGGCACCAGUUUGAAUGCAGGCAGGCAUGUGUACUACAUCGGCAUAGAUAACAUUGGAGUCCUUGGGCUGGUUGACGCAUCGGAAUGUCCACCUACUUUUGGUGCAGAUGUCAAUGACGUAAGAGGCUUUUUAUUUGGCGGCUACACAGCUCUUGAAAACAGAGAGGGCGAUUUGGUUAUCAAAUCCUGUCCCCCGGUACAAGAAAUCAUCCCCAUCGAGGACACAAUGCGACGAUCCUAUCGGGAUCAUCAAGGGAGUGAAUUGGAGAUCGGCGCCAACUACUUCGUGGGGACCAUCCUGCAUUCUCUCACUCCGCAGGACACGGUCAUCUUCCUGACGUCCAGCUGCAGUGAGCUGAAUCCAGCCAUGAAAAUGAUGGUCCAGAUAGUGCGGGGAAAAUGCCAUCAAGUGGUGGUCUUUGUAUGCUACAGGGAUGCUAAUGACACCCACGAGGACAUCAUGCCGCAGUUCUUCUCCAAGAUCGUUCGCAUUCGUAUCCCGGUUACUCCGUACAUUCGGAGUUUCAUGGAGGAGGAGGGCAAGAAGCCCUCAUGGUUUGACCUGCUGGGAGUCCACGCGGCCCGGCGCUUUGCUGCCGAGCUGUCCUGCAAGCUGCUGCUGAAUGCUGUCAGCACCGGCGCCCACAUCCAGAAGGGCAAAGUCUACAAAAAUCUGAUGGUGGAUCUCAAGCUCAGUAACAGCAAGUUGUUUCAGAGAGGAAUAGAAAUAGUGAAGAGUCUUGUCAUGUGUUCAGAAGACACAGCUCGAGCCUCAGUUCUCAGAUCUUUGUACGGUACCAAUGUGGUAUCAGAAGAGUUGAAGAAAAUGCCAGUGUCUGAGCAUACUAGGAUAGGCUCCUUCAAAACGAAGGUCAUCCCCACAUCCCUGAUCCUGGCAAGUAAAGGCUGUCUGAUCCACGAGGCCAUGGAGAUACUGCUCAAGUUCCCCGUCAUACGAGCCGCCCUGGCCCAACUCUGGUCCGUCUCUAAUAAAACCAUGGCACAUUUCAGCACAUGAAGGCAUCAGGUGAGAUCGUCGUCGAAAACUCAUCAGUUUUAAAGAAUGCACCAAGUACUCAGGUUUAGCCCAUAAGAACCCCAAACCAGACAGUGCUGGAGCAGGUUUUGGGAAUGCAGGGAGUAACAGGCAGGGCAGUUUGUGGCGUUACUUGUCUAACGGGUCACUUGGCAAGUCAUUGUCUGCAUUUACAACAGCUUUUAUUUGCAUUUCUGUGUCAGUUUUGAUGAACUCUAUUCUGCAAUAUAUUCGAGAAGACCCAUAAUGAAUUAACGAAAUUACUAUGAUGUGCCUUGAUAAUGGAUAUGUCUGCCUCGGAUUUGCAGGUGUCAUACAUCGCUCGGAAGUAAGAUCUCAAAGUCCAUCGUCAUGCAAUUCUAUCAUUGUUCUUUGUAUAUAUAAGCUGGACAGCCCCUAUGCAAUAGGGUUUUUGUGAUCAGUCUUGUUUGCAUUGGAGUACAGGCAAGGGCAGAUCAAGAACAAAAUUAUUUGGGGGGGGGGGGGGCCAAAAAGUGGGCCCAAAAAUUUUUUUUGAUUAUAGAUGCUCUAAGGUGCGAUCUGAGGCAAUUUCUGACUGCUUUUUGAGGAAAAGAUGGGGGUGUACACAGUGCCUGGCUUUAUUGCCAUGUCACUU